AUGGCAGAUCAGUUUUGUUUACGUUGGAAUAAUUUUCAAACAAACAUCGUAAGUGCUCUGGAUUCCCUGAAAUGCUCUGAGGAUCUUGUUGAUGUGACACUUACUUGUGAAGGCAGAAAUAUCAAGGCCCAUAAAGUAAUACUGUCAGCGUGUAGCCCGUACUUUAGGAAUGUGUUCAAGGAGAACCCAUGUCAACAUCCUGUUAUUAUUUUGAAAGAUGUCUCUGCUGAUGACAUCCUGAGCUUGUUGUCUUACAUGUACCAAGGAGAAGUAUUUAUUGAAGAAAGCAAAUUGUCUUCAUUUUUGCAUACAGCAGCAUUAUUACAAAUAAAAGGUUUAACUGGUGUAACCCAUCAGAAUGAAGAAUUCUCACCAUCAAAUGCAACAAAUAAACUUUACACCCAACUGACUAUAUAUGCCAAGUCUCAUGGAAAUGUAACUCACAAGGAAUCAAAAAUACCAGCCCUGAAGAAACGAAGAAGUAGCACCUCCGACAAACCGAAUGACUUGAAUAAUCUUGAUUACAAGAAAAGCAAGAUACUCGAAUCAUGUGAUAUUUAUAACAAAAAUAAUGGUUCCCAAUUGAAGGUAGACAAUCCAAUGUUUGGAGCUGAAGUUGUUGAACGCAAAGCAGAUAAAGAAUUUUCAGUUGUAAGCAAUGGAAAGAAUCAACAGACAGAAGAAGGCCCUAUAAUUGUGAAAACGGAAUGGAAUGAAGAAAAUAGCUCACCAAAUCCUGCUACAUUCAGUUCUGAUAAUGAUGAAAGCCUUCCUGCUUAUGAAAACAGCAUGCUAGCUAGAUCUCUACUUUCAGGAAUCAAUCCAUCCAAAAGUGAUCCAUGCACGAAAAAACUGCCCGUAGAAGUACAAAAUGCCAACAGAAAGGAAGCAAACUCGGAAAGUACAUUUACACAAAAAAGUCCAUUAAAAAUAGAUGAUGCUGUUGUUAAAAUUGAAAAACCAUCUCCAAAGCCUGAUAAUGACUAUGAGCCAGAAAUAUUAUUGUCGGAGCAAGAUUCUAAAGAAAACACAUAUUCUGAACAGUCCCAGGCCUUAAUGAUACUCGCAGGUAUGUCAGGUCCAUUAAAUUCUGGUGCUUCUACCUCUCAAAGCGGUCACCAAUCGAAUCAUGCAGCUAUUUGUGGGGACUGCCCACACUGUGGUAUGAAAUAUUCAAAUCAAUCGGCCUUGAAAUAUCAUGUGAGAUUAAUGCAUUCAGAUCUUACUAAUAGGUUGUGUUGCUAUUUGUGCCCAAGGUCUUUUACUAUGCGGGAAACAUUCAAAGAACACAUGUGGACAAGUCAUGGCCAACGGAACUAA